AUGGACGCGAUUUUCACAAAAAAACAGUUGGGCGUCAGAUACAGUGAAGAGAAAAUAGUCAGGAUUCUUCAGCAGGAACAUAACAGGAUAAUUCUCCAAACUGGGGAUGGAGAGAGUGAUUACAUAAACGCGAUUCGUGUGAACGGGUACAACACCAGCAACAAAUACUUAUGCUGUCGAGGCCCACUCCAGUCAACAGCGGAAGAUUUCUGGAAGAUGGUGUUCGCAGACCAAUCCAGAGUAAUUGUUAUGCUGUUUAAAGCUCAGGAAGAAAAAAGGGAAGCUUGCUAUCAAUACUUGAACCCGAAAAAAGGAAAAAUAGUGAUCUACGGAAACUUCACCAUCCAAACAGUGAAAGUAAAGGCCUUCCGGGAUCACGUAGUGACCAAGCUGUGGGUGACACAUGACAACGGUGAUACUUUGGACGUUACUCAUUUCACUUACACCGAUUGA